CAAUCAGCGCAGCUCAGUGGGCGGAGGGUGCCUGAUAGUGACGCAGCCGCCCGCUGAUGGAGUGCGAUCGCUUUCGUGGUUAGGCUGCCGGAUGCAGCCACUGCUACCUUUGUAGACGAUAAGGAGAGAAACAGAGAACAUUGGACAGUGGAUCUCGGUUUUGGGUAAAGAAGACGGGAAAAAGUAGAGAAUAAACCUCUUCCGCUCCCAGCUUCCCUGGACAACCGGAGGUUAGCCUCUGUCCGCCUCGAUAGGUUUUGCAACUGAACCCAAACAAAGAGACAAAGCUAUGGAGGAACAGUUUCUUUGAGUAAUUAAACAGUGCAUCAGAGCAAUGGAUCAGCAAGUGGGCUUCCUGCUGUGCACCUUUGCCAUUUACCAGAAGGACGUUGUUCAAUAGUGGAAUAAGAGAUCAAUUUCAUGAUAUAUUUACGAACAGCCACCAAUGACCUCUUUGUUCUCCGGCCUGUUUGGAACUUGGUCCACCAGUAUUUUCUUUCUUCCAGAUUCAACAUAGAAUGACAACAGAAAGGUAUAGGCCUACAUGGGACCUGGCAUUGGAUCCCCUUGUAUCCUGUAAACUGUGCCUUGGGGAAUAUCCUUUGGAGCAAAUGACAACAAUAUCACAGUGCCAAUGUGUAUUCUGCACUCUGUGUCUGAAGCAAUAUGUGGAGCUUUUAAUAAAGGAGGGCUUGGAAUCUGCAGUUAGCUGUCCUGAUGCUGCUUGCCCUAAGAGAGGCCACCUACAGGAAAAUGAGAUUGAAUGCAUUGUAGCAGCAGAACUUAUGCAAAGAUAUAAAAGACUGCAGUUUGAAAAAGAAGUGCUUUUGGAUCCGUACCGAACUUGGUGCCCGUCCUCUACUUGCCAGUCCGUCUGCCAAAUCAAGGAGGUGGAGUUGCAGCAGGCCCAGAUGGUGCAAUGUGCAGCCUGUAACUUGCAGUUUUGUUCUCUCUGCAAAGCAAAUUGGCAUCCAGGGCAGGCUUGCCAAGAAAACAUGCCCAUUACCUCAUUCCUUCCUGGAGAAAGAAGUUCAUUCUUUGAAAAUGAUGAAGGGGAUGAUGUCCCAAUCAAACGUUGUCCAAAAUGCAAAGUCUAUAUCGAAAGAGAUGAGGGUUGUGCACAAAUGAUGUGUAAAAAUUGCAAGCAUGCCUUUUGCUGGUACUGCCUGGAAUCCCUUGAUGAUGACUUCCUAUUAAUUCACUAUGAUAAAGGCCCGUGUCGAAACAGGCUUGGCCAUACACGUGCCUCUGUCAUUUGGCACAGAACCCAGGUAGUUGGAAUAUUUGCAGGCUUUGGCCUUUUGCUAUUAGUAGCAUCUCCUUUCCUUCUGCUUGCCACGCCGUUUGUCCUCUGCUGCAAGUGUAAAUGUAACAAAGGAGAUGAUGAUCCUUUGCCCACAUAAGCAUGAUGCCCCGAUAAAGAAAACCGGAGGAUGAAAUUCUAUGAAUGUUCUUUCCUACAUAACUAUCAUCUCAAAAUGUCUGAUUUUUGUCUCAUAAUAUUUCCCAACGUAAGCAUUUAUUUUCCACCUUGCACAAGUCCAGGGUCUGUGAGAGUGCAGUGAUUUUUGUUAGGUGCAGAAAAGAGGCAAUUAGAUCAUAUAGGGGACAAUUUAGUCCAAGUGAACACACUGGAAAAUGGUAUACUGCACAAACUUCUGGAAUAUGUGAAGCAAGCUUAAAAUUAUACUUUCUUGAAUGGUUCUAAAAGAGUGGUGCACUUGACCAUGUACAGCUGUACAGUAAAAUGCUAGAUUUAUUGGUUAUAUCAAGAAGGAAAAUGAGCAGUUUUGGAAUAAGCAAACAUGGAUGAGAAGCAAGCUGAUGUUUCAGCAGAAGGAGAGAGAAGGCAUUCUCUCACGGUUGCAAGUUCUAUCAGAAUUAUUUUUUUAACAUGAAAAAGCCCACAUCCUUUUCUAUAAAGAGACUAAGGUCAAAUUUUCUGUAUAAAAUUCUUUCAAAAGGCAUUUUUGACUAUUUUAAUUGGGGAUCUAAAGGUUUCAUAAUUUCUAUGUCCUGUGAUUUUUUUUCAUGCCAUACGUAGACUCAAUUUGAAAAUAAUAUUGCCAUGUUUAUUCUCUGAAUACCUAAAGGUGCAUUGAUUCUUAAUAGAAAUCUGUAAUGUAUCUGUAAUUUUGACUGCUGAUUAGAGACUGGUUGCUAUCUAUGGGACUGUGAAGAUGCAAAAACCAUGCAACACCUAUCAUGCUCUUAAUGUCAGAAUGAUAUUUAUUGAAAUUCAUUCCUCAAAAGAUGCUGUGUUUUGUGCUAAGCAUAAAUGAUGUGAAUUUUCACUCAUUUCGACAAAUCAGACCUUACAAAUUAACUCUGAACAGAUAAAAGGAAAGUGAUGUGCCCUUCAACGUUUAUAAAAUGCUUUUUAGAUUUUAGCAAAUACAUUUUGUGAUAUAUAUCAAUACAACAGGAUCAUAAACUAUUAAGUUUAAAUCAUUACGACUCCUAUUCUUAAAAUUAUUCUUGGGUUUGUGUAGUUGAAAGAUGAAUGCCUAGUAAUUGGAAGCAUGAAUUAAUUAUCUUGCGGAGUUUUUCAUUGUACCAGGAUUCUGAAACAAAAGUAGAUAACAAGCAACUGGAAUCACUAAAACUAUAACACACUGAGGAGUGGAAUUGAGUCAUGCUAUGAGCUGUGCAUUCAUGUCUGUUUGGAUGUUUUAGUUACAAAGUUCUUACAGUACACUUUGAUUUAUCUCCAUGUUAAUUGUAAGAGAUUUUAUUCUAACUUUAAAUAAUAAUCUUUACAUUAAUAAAUGAUUAUUAAUGGCUAUAGUAACCAGCAACAAAAAUUAGAUGGUGUUUUUAUCGUUUAAUUUCAGGGUUAGAAAGUGAACACAAUUUUAGUGGAAAUACAAAUUAAGCCAAACACAGGAGUACAAACUAGGAAGCAGAAUAAACAAGAGAAAAUCUGCAGAUGCUGGAAAUCCGAGCAACACACACAAAAUGCUGGAGGAACUCAGCAGGCCAGGCAGCAUCAAUGGGAAAAAUUAGUCGACAUUUCGGGGCGAAAUCUUUCAGCAGGAC